AUGCGAUCUUGGCUUGCGUGUUUGGAUGGUCAAUUCCUCAGCUUAGGACCAUCUAUAUGGGAGAUUCAAUCUUUGAUGUGGGAACUAACAAAUACUUAUGGGGAAACACGGUAUGCCAAACCAUCUGGGAGGUGCAGUGAUGGAUUCAUCAUCCCAGAUCUGAUAAACAAGGCCCUGGGUUUGCCCUUUUCCAGGCCAUUCCUGGGUUUGAAAGUUGAGGACCAAGUUUUUCCUAGUAUCAACUUUGCAUCUGAUGGUAGUGGAUUACUCAACUCGACUCAUUCGGACUGGGGUGUCGUGCCAUUUAGUGAGCAGCUAAAACAAAUCAGGGAAUUCUCCAUGAAGAUCUCCAAGAAGAAUCUCAUUGUUGUGAUCUCUUCUGGUGGAAAUGAUAUCGCAGCAAAUCUUCAAAACAUUAUGGAUGUGGACUUGGAAGGGAUGUUAAUGUCAUUAGAGAAACGUUUGCAACAACUUUACGAAUAUGGAGUGUUGGGCCGCUAG